AUGUAUAUUCUAAGCAAACAACCUUUGAAUUCUUAUCUAGGACUUGAUGGUGGUACAAGUAGUCUUGAACGUGAAAAAUUAAUCAAUGCAUUUAAUACACCAAAUUCAAAUGCAAAAUUAUUUUUACUAUCAACUCGAGCUGGUUGUCUUGGUAUAAAUUUAAUAGCAGCUAAUCGAGUUAUUGUAAUGGAUGUUUCAUGGAAUCCAUGUCUUGAUGCUCAAGCUGUUUGUCGUGUUUAUCGUUAUGGACAAAAAAGACAUUGUUAUAUCUAUCGUUUGAUAGCUGAUUUUACAAUGGAAAAACGUAUUUAUGAUCGACAAAUAGCUAAACAAGGAAUGUCAGAUCGUGUUGUUGAUGAAUUACAACCACAAAAUCCAUUUACAAAAAAUGAAGUUGAAAAUUUAAUGCAUUUCGCAACUGAAGAAGAACCGCCAGCUGCUGACUUAUUAACAAAAAUUGAUGAAAUAACUGAUGAUCCUAUUUUAAUAUCGACUUGUAAACAAUAUGCUCAAUCAAUAACAAAAAUUCCAUUUACACACGAGUCUCUUUUAUCUGAUCGUAAAGAAUGUCAGUUAACAUCAGCUGAAAAACGACGUGCAGAAAAAGAAUAUCAAGAUGAAAAACGCAUGAAUAAUUUUUCAUAUCGUUCAAGAAUUCAAACUUCUCGAUCUUAUUCUCGAUUAUUUAAUGAUUAUGAGCCACGUUCAUAUCUUCAUACUUCACCUUCAACAUCAUCACUUGAACAUCAUUUUCCAUUGUAUCAACCAAUAAGAUCAACAGCAUCUAUGACACCAUUACCUUAUCAUGUACAACAACAAUCAACAGAUAGAAAAUUAGAACAAUUAAAACAACAUGGAAUAUCUGUAGAACCAAUUAUACUUCGAAAUCCCUUACAAGUUCAGUUAAAUGCAUCAGAACGUGAAAUUAUUCCAGCUGGUGUACGCAUUCAUCUAAUAAAAGCAUCUCGUGGUUCAUACAUUCGAACACCGGAUGGAAAAUUUUUUGCUAUUCGUCAAUCACAAUCAACAUCAGAAAAUGGUUCAAAACAACCAUCAAUGCCUCCUCCUCUUCCUUCUUCCUCUCUUCCGCCACCAUCAUCAGACCCAAUAGAUCAAUAUUUAUUUGAUACAUCUCAUGUGUCAUCUGGAACAUCAUCAUUAUUUAAUGAUAUGAAUAGUUUAACUGAUGAAAUAGAUCUUUUAAUUGAUGAUACAUCAUCAAAUUCUGCUCCUCCUCCUCCUCCACUACUUCCGUCAUCAUCUGCAUUCGAAAGUUUAGCGUCUUGGCAUAAUGAUUAUUUUCAACAAAAUAAUUUUUAUCCGAAUUUGUUUCCAACUAGUUCAUCAGUACCUAUGUUAUCAUCUUCGACAAAUAUUGACACUGAUAACAGUACGAAUAAUUUUACAUCCAAUGCUUUAACAUUUAUGUAA